UCCCUCGCUUUUAAAAACUAUUAAUAAAGAUUUAUUUAAAAAUCGGAGGACCUAUAUGUAAAUAUAGAAAUUUCAAAGACUAAACUGUUAAGUUGUAAAAAGAAGUAAAUAAAGAAAAAUCGAAAAUUUCGGUUUUAUCCCACCGCCUCCCACGCACUCUCUGUUUCUUCGAGAAACAGAGAGGAGCGGUGGGGCAUGAGGAGUGAAGAAAAGAAGAAGAAGAGGGAAAAGAAGAGAGGAGGAAGAAGAGAGGAAGAAGAGGGAGAAGAGAAGAAGAAGAAGAAGAGGAGGUGGCUGCAGCGAGGGCUGCAGCGAGGAGCUGUGGGGCGUGGGGAGAAGAAGAGAGGAAGAAGAGGGAGAAGAGAAGAAGAAGAAGAAGAAGAAGAAGAAGAAGAAGAGAGGAGGAUAGCUGCGGCAAGGCUGCAGCGAGGAGGUGUGUGGCUUUGGGGAGGGAAAGGGAAGAGGAGAAGAAGAGAAGGAGAAGAAGAGGGAAAAGAGAGGCAGCUGCAGCAGCCAGGGCUGCAGCACCUCUGUUUCCCGCAGGUGGAAACAGAGGAGAGGAUGUGUGGGGCGUUGAGAAUGAAAAGGGAAGAAGAAGAAGAAGAAGAAGAAGAAGAAGAAGAAGAAGAAGAAGAAGAAGAAGAAGAAGAUAGCUGCGGCAAGGCUGCAGCGAGGAGAUGUGUGGCCUUGGGGAGGAAAAGGGAAGAGGGGAAGAGGAGAAGAAGAAGAAGAGGAAGAGAAAGAGGUGUGAUACCUCUGUUUCCUGCAGAGGAAACAGAGGAGAGGGUGUGUGUGACGCCGGGGAAGAAGGGGCUGCAGCUGCGGCGAUGGCAGCUGCAGCUGGAAGAGAAGAAGAAGAGGAAGAUGAGCAGGGGAGGAGGGAGAGGUUGCGGCCGUGGCUGCGGCCGCGACUGCAGCAGUUGCAGCGGGGAGAGAAGAAGAAGAAAGGAAGGAGAAGGAAGAGGAGAAGGGAAAGAAGUAGCUGCGGCUGCGGUUGUGGCAGCUGCAGCUAUGGCAGGGAAAGAGGAAGAGAAAAAGGAAAGGAAGAAGAAGAGAAAGGGAAGGAGAGGAAGAAGAGAGGAAGAGGAGAAGGGGCUGCGGCUGCGGCGAUGGCAGCUGCAGCUAUGGCAGGGAAAGAGAAAAAGGAAAGGAAGAAGAAGAGAAAGGGAAGGAGAGGAAGAAGAGAGGAAGAGGAGAAGGGGCUGCGGCUGCGGUGAUGGCAGCUGCAGCUGUGGCUGGGAAAGAAGAGAAGGAAAGGAAGAAGAAGAGAAAGGGAAGGAGAGGAAGAAGAGAGGAAGAGGAGAAGGGGUGGCAGCUGCGGCAGUGGCAGCUGCAGUUGGAAGAGAAGUAGGAGAGGAAAUAGAGUAGCAGAGGAAGAAGAGGCUGCGGUUGUGGUGGCUGCGGCCAUGGCUGCGACUGCGACUGCGGCAGUUGCAGCUGGGAAAGAAAGGAAAGGAAAGGGGGAAAAAAGGGGCUGCGGACGGGAUUGCGGCCGCAGCGGCAGCGACUGCGUAUGCAGCAGUUAUGUCUGUGAGAGAAGGGAGGAAGGAAGGUAGUGCGGUGGAAGGGGCUGCGAUUGUAGCAGCGGCAACGGCGGCGGCUGUGGCAGCUGCGUUUGGGAAAUAAAAAGAAGGAAUGAGAGUAAGAGAGAGCAGGUGACUGUGCCUCGAUGUUCGACACGUGGUGUAGUUGCGAAGAAAGGAAGAAAACGGGAGCACAAAACGAAACAGAGAGAGGACACGGAGGAAAAGUAGAAGGAUUUGGGCUGGCACCUUCUUUGGAUCUUCGGAUCGAAAUCUUUGAAAGGUCAGCUUGUCACUCUUCGAGAUGUUUGAUUUGGACUGAGGCAGUGGAUAGUUAUUCAGAAUAAUGGGCAAGUCUGGUUGGUUAUUACGAUAUUGUUGUAUAAGUAUGUCUUGUAUAUAAUGAAAUGUUGUCGAUGAACCGAAAUAGAUAUACUGUGUCCAAGUGUUAGGAGAUCUCUCUUAUUUGGAAUUUCAGAAUGUUAAGUCUAAUUUAUGGUGAUAUGAACUUGUGGUGAAUAGUUGGAGUUCUGAUUGUAUAAUUUAUUUAGCUUGUGGAUUUAUAAAUGUUGUUCAUGUUUGUCAA